CCCGCGACCCGAGAGGCCGGGGCGAAAAGAAAUGACCCGUCACGUGCCCGGGGUGAGCGAGACCUGCAGGCAUCCGAGUCGCACGCUGCCAAAAGGCGGCUGCAGCUCACCUGACUUCGACCGACGAGAGCGUGACUGUGCCUGACUGCCAGUGAGUGGAAGGAGGAGACGCUUGAGCUGAGCUGCGGCGGCGCUGGGAUGGGCGCCGCGGGGUCUGCGGCUCCGCCGGCGGCGGCAGCGCAUUGCCGCCGGGUGCUGCUGGCCCUCGCCCUCGUGUCGCUCUGCGGCCGCGGGCUUCGCGUGCGUGCCGCUGGGGCGGACACGGGCGGCCUGAGCAGGGACGCGUUCCCCAAGGGGUUCGUCUUCGGCACGGCGACGUCCGCGUUCCAGGUCGAGGGCGCGGCGGCGUCCGGCGGCCGGGGGGCCAGCAUCUGGGACCCCUUCGUCCACACCCCCGGAAAUAUUGCUGGAGACGCGAACGCAGAUGUCGCAACUGAUGAAUAUCAUCGCUACAAGGAAGAUGUUGAUCUCAUGAAAAGCCUGAAUUUUGACGCAUAUCGGUUUUCAAUCUCUUGGUCCAGGAUCUUCCCAGAUGGUGAAGGAAAAGUUAAUGAAGAAGGUGUACAAUAUUACAACAAUCUUAUAGACUAUAUGAUUAAGCAAGGGCUUACUCCUUACGUCAACCUUAACCAUUAUGAUCUCCCACUCGCGCUUCAGAAGAAGUACAAAGGCUGGUUAGGCCCAAAAAUUGUGGACAUAUUUGCUGACUAUGCCGAUUUUUGUUUCAAGACUUUUGGAGAUCGAGUCAAGAAUUGGUUCACAUUAAAUGAGCCAAGGAUAGUAGCAUUUCUUGGCUAUGAUACUGGAGCUGACCCCCCUAACCGGUGCACCCAAUGCGCUGCCGGUGGGAACUCGGCAACAGAACCUUACAUUGUUGCUCAUAAUAUUAUCUUAUCUCAUGCUACUGCAGUUGCAAGAUACCGAAACAAAUACCAGGCAACUCAGAAAGGCAAGGUUGGGAUAGUUCUAGACUUCAAUUGGUACGAACCUCUUACCAACUCAACGGAAGAUCAAGCAGCAGCUCAAAGAGCCAGGGACUUCCAUGUUGGUUGGUUUCUUGAUCCAUUAAUAAAUGGACAAUAUCCAAAGACAAUGCAGGACAUUGUAAAAGAUCGGUUACCAAGUUUCACACCUGAGCAAGCUAAGCUAGUCAAGGGCUCAUCAGAUUAUUUUGGGAUCAAUCAAUAUACUACAUACUACAUUUCAGACAAACAAACUCCUCAGCAAGCAGCAACAAGCUACUCAUCUGAUUGGAGCGUUCAAUAUAACUUUCAAAGAAAUGGUGUGCCAAUUGGACAGCUGGCACACUCUGUUUGGCUUUACAUCGUCCCAACAGGCAUGUCUGGAGUUGUGAACUACCUAAAGGAAAAGUACCAGAAUCCAACCAUCAUUAUAUCUGAAAAUGGAAUGGAUCAACCUGGAAACCUGACGCGCGAGGAGUACCUGCACGACACCGUGAGGGUCGAUUUCUACAGGAACUACCUCACGGAGCUGAAAAAAGGGAUUGACGGGGGUGCGAACGUGGUCGCCUACUUCGCCUGGUCUCUCCUGGACAACUUCGAGUGGCUGUCGGGCUACACGUCCAAGUUCGGCAUCGUCUAUGUCGACUUCACGACGCUCAAGCGGUACCCCAAGGACUCAGCGUACUGGUUCAGGGACAUGCUCUCAGGGGUGGGCUCAAAGUCCGCCACCCCUCAGACUGGUUCAGAUACUUCAGCUGGCAGUCCAGCUGGUUCGGCUCCAGCUGCCUCGAGCGGCCCUGCCCUCCUGGUUUCUCUGCUGGUCUCCUUGUUCGUGCUUGUUCCUUCCGCCUUCAUCGUUUCUUCCGCUUAGAAAUUAUUUGGUCUAGUGUAGCAGCACUUGAUUUGUAGCGGACGCCAGCAGCAUGUUCAUUUUCAAGACAUGUUGCAACAAAGAGAAACCUGUUGUGCGAAUUCAGGGCUUAUUUUUGCCCCCUUUUGCCAUGAUUAAGAGCCAGUUUGGUACCGAUAUCGUGUUUACUGGAUAAAUAUAUAUUAUGCUGGUUCAUGUA